AUGGAGUCCAUGCCGACCUUUGCUCUGCUUUUGCUUUCUUCUAUUCUCUCAUUCUCUAGUGUUCAUUCCUCUGAGAUGUCCCCAUCGGCAACGCCUGCCCAACAACAGCCGUCGAAAGCGUCAUCUUUAUUUGCCUCUCAGCUCUCAAACGCCCCAGUGCCGCCUGUCGAUCCUUCCCUUGAAAAAAUAUGCGGGGUUACUGAAGACCCUCGCAAAUGUAUCUCCUUUAUGGCUCCAUACACACCUGGUUCUACAGAUGCCGUUUCGGUCGUCGCCAUGAUCAUGGAAGCAAUAUAUAAACAAGUAGAUAGAGCCAUCGUCAUUUCCAAGAAAGCUGCCAAGAAUCCGUCGCAGUCGCCGGUGAUUUCAAGCUGCCUUAAUAAAUGUGUAGAAUCUUACAAUAAGGUCAUUGAUGAUCUUGGAAAUGCUAUGGCUGCUUCUACUGCUCAUGAUAUGAAAUCAGUCGAUGAUUUGCUUGCUGCUGCCAGUUCCAAUUUCGGUUUCUGUGAUGAAACUUUUCAUAAGAAUGGCAUACAAGAGUCGCCAAUGGAGGAGAUUGAUGAGACAUUGAUACUGUUGGCUGGAUUUGGGGUUGCUAUUUCUAGAAAACUAAUUAUCAAGUCCAAUUAA